GGCAUUGAUCGCACCCCGCCUUAUCGAUGACCCCCGCUCGACCGGCCUUGCGCCCCUUGCCUGCCGUCCUGCUGCCGCACUACAAUGCCGUCAACCGACACAACCUCGCCGCGCUCGCCGUCUCGAUCCACACCGCCAUCCAUCAUGCCGACUUUAUUGCCGUCGACACCGAGUUCACCGGCCUCGGCGACCACUCCAAGACCAAGGCUCCGAAUGUCGAGGACCGCUACCGGAACCUCAAGGCUCUUGUAGAGUCCCAUGCCGUCGUCUCCUUUGGCCUGUCCAUCUUCCAUAAGGCCGAGCCCCUGCCGGACACCAGCGAGCUGUGCAGGCCCUAUGUUGUCAGCAACUUCAGUUUCUCCCUGGUGUGCCAGCGGGAUUUUACCUUGUCGCCUUCGAGCGCCUCAUUCCUGAUCGACAACGGAUUUGACUUCAACGCCCUGCUAAGAGACGGAAUCCCAUAUCUGCCCGGUGCGCUGCCAACCAAGGGGUCGUCAACUCAGAAGGCCACGGUCCCGCCGCUCUGUCUGGAGCAGUCGACGACGAUGCGCUCCAUCUUCAUGAAGAUCCUGACCCAGUCUGGGCCCGUGAUUGUGCACAACGGCCUCCUCGACCUGAUGUUCAUGUAUCACAGCUUCUACUGCGAUCUUCCCCCAACCCUGAGUUCCUUUGUCGCCGAUCUCUGCGAAAUGCUGCAAGGCGGCAUUUACGACACCAAGUACAUUGCCGAUUUUGUGACCCGCGAGAAAGCCUCAUAUCUGUCGUAUUUGUAUCGAAAAUACGAGCGCGAACAAAUCGACCGAGCCUAUACCAAAGACAAGCCGUUCUUCCAGUGCGAUAUCAUGGAUCCAGUUUCCCACCAGACCUCAAAGGUUGCUAUCACGCCUGCCCUAACGCGCAUGGUCGUGAGCGCCAACAAGCGCCAGAAGAAUAGCAAUUUGCCAUUUUGCGAGCAGUAUGCCGACCACGGAUACUGUCCGUACGGACGCAACUGUGAGAACUCGCACGAUCUCGACAUCAUCCUCGAUUAUGAGCAUCGGGCUGGCAUCGGAUCGACCAAAGCAAAGCGACGGAAGAAGAAUACAAACUCCACGGAGCAAGUCAGUUCCUCCGAUAUUGCCUCCGCUGUCGGUGCUGCGUCACCAAACGGUGAUCCUGUUGUUAGUGCCGACACUCUUGCUGCGACAACCGACACCUGGAUCGGGACGGCGGGGCGAACUGCGGCCGCACCUCCCAACCCAGGACCCGCUUCGAUAUCGGCACCGCCAAACACAGCCAAAUCCAAAGGCACUCCCGCUACCAUCGAGACAGCUGCCUGCGUAAAUCACAGUGUGACACCGCCUGCAAAAUCCCUGCAAGAGACUUGUUGCUCACAGGGGCCAGCCGGUGCCACACCAUCAACGUCCUUGGCAAGUCUGGCCGAUAGCCGCUCAGCCGCCACUUCUCUGCCAGCCGAUUCAGCACCGGUCUCCAAGACAUCGCUAUUCGAGACUUAUCACUCUGCAUGCUUCGAUGCCUACAUGACCGGGUUUGUGUAUGCCCAUCAAGCAAUUGCACACGAAUCGAGCAUCGCACAGGAGAAAAACAAGAUCUACCUGAUGGGCAAGGACAUACCGCUCAAGAUUGAGCUGUCCGGGUUCGCAAAACGCAGCGAAGGGCACAAGAAGAUCUGGGACAAGGCCCCGCUCUCUCGAGCUGGAGUGUGAGCGAUGCAACGCAGGCCGCAUCUGUCCGACUGCUGCUGGAUAUCCAAAGUCUGCGAUUAUCGAAGUGGGCGUUGACCGAUAUGCUCUAACGAGGCGGUUGUAGAGCAGUGCAGCGGUCUGAGCAGCGCGAUGUUGCUGCUAUCGGCACAAGACCAUAAACACGGAAGGUGGCCCUCCAAGAAA